CGUAAUCCAGAUUUUAUGCGUAAUAUUUGUACGGAGUAUUACGUAUGAUUUCUCUCCAAAUUGAUUCAUCUCUCUAGAAAACCCUGAUCCUACGAUGCAUAGACAAGAACCAGCUCCCGCCGGGCCGCCGCUCUACCCGGCCCGGAAGUCUGGUUGCGCGCCAGGCAGUUACUACAAUCAACAACGGUUGCCGUACCGGCAGCAGUGGAGCCACCCUCCCAGCAACCACCGUUUUCGUACUCCGGAGUCGAGGCCUUCUCCGAAGCCGCCAAAUUUUAUAAUCCACCUUCGUUCGCGAGAUCAUACCCUGGCGAGGUCUGAAUUCGAGAGGCUUAUUGAGGUAUUGCCGGAGCGGCCGCAGAGUUCAUUCUUCUCUGAGGGCAGUAGGGCCUUUUCCGGGAAACUGUUCUACGAGCAGUGGUCAGGGGCCCUCGAGGUAAUUGUGCACUUGUGGAGACUACGGCUCGAAGGAGGGUGUUCUGUGACGCCGUUUCUGGAGCAGAAUGUAGUGGUGCCUUCGGACAAGCUUGAGUUGAAUGAUAGGCUCAAAGAGGUUUUCCUGGAGAAACUUGAGGCAUUAAUGGAAGGGGAACUAGUGCAGAAGUGUCGGAAGAAGUUGAUUCUAGUACUAGACGAGAUAAGUAAAUUGACUAUUCAGCUCGGGAAACUAAAUCGUCUGGGUCAUUCAGCUAAUCUCUUAAAGAAGAAAGAAGUCUUGAUGGGGGAGCGGGAUUUGAUAAGUAAAAGGAUUAAGGAGUUUAAGAAUGGGGUUACGUGUAUCAUGCUUCAUUUGAAGGGGGAGAUAGAGGAGGGUGAUUCUGAGGUGCACAUAAGUCUUUUUAAGCUCAACAGAAAUCCGGAUUGGGACCAGAUUCAUCAUAUAGUAAAGAGGGAGUGUAAAAGGCUAGAGGAUGGCUUGCCCAUUUUUUCAUUCAGGAAAGAGAUUCUCAGUCAAGUAUUUUGCCACCAGGUUACUAUUUUGACUGGUGAGACAGGUUCAGGAAAGAGCACUCAGUUGGUACAGUUCCUUGCUGAUUCAGGAAUUGGUGGUAAUGAUGCAAUAGUCUGCACUCAGCCCAGAAAACUUGCUGCUGCCUCCUUGUCAAGUAGGGUUAAGCAAGAAAGUCUUGGGUGUUAUGAAGAUAAUAAUUCAGUUAUUUGCUAUCAAUCAUAUUCAUCUAGCCAUCAGUUUGAUUCAAAGGUGAUCUUUAUGACGGAUCAUUGCCUACUCCAGCAGUAUAUGAGUGAUAGUAAUUUAUCAAAGAUAUCAUGCAUUAUAGUUGAUGAAGCGCAUGAAAGAAGCCUAAACACUGAUCUUCUUCUAGCAUUGAUAAAGAAUUUGCUUGAACUGAGGCGUGAUAUGAGGCUCAUCAUCAUGUCUGCUACAGCUGAUGCAAUUCAGCUUGCAAACUACUUCUACGGAUGUGGAUCAUUUCAUGUUGUUGGAAGAACCUUUCCGGUUGACAUUAAAUAUGUCCCUUGCGACUACUCUGAAGGUUUUUCUGGUUCAUCUCCUUCUUACGCUUCUAAUGUUGUCACGAUGGUGCUUGAGAUCCACAACACAGAGGGAGAUGGAACGAUACUUGCAUUUUUGACUUCUCAAGUGGAAGUAGAAUGGGCUUGUGAGAAGAUCCAGUUGCCAACUGUCAUCACACUACCUUUACAUGGAAAACUGUCCAGUGAAGACCAAAAUCGAGUCUUUUUUGAUUUUCCAGGAAAGAGAAAGGUCAUAUUUGCUACAAACAUUGCUGAGACAUCUUUGACCAUUCCGGGCGUCAAAUAUGUUGUUGAUUCUGGUCUGGUGAAACAAAAAUGGUUUGAACCUGGGAAUGGCAUGAAUAUUUUGAGGGUUUGUAUGAUUAGUCGAAGUUCCGCAAAUCAGCGAGCUGGGCGAGCUGGGAGAACCGAACCUGGAAAGUGUUACAGACUCUUCUCAGAAACUGAUUUUGAGAGUAUGCCUUAUCAUGAAGAACCAGAAAUCCGCAAGGUUCACCUUGGUAUUGCAUUAUUGAGGAUUCUUGCCUUGGGCAUAAAAGAUGUCCAGAAAUUUGAUUUUAUUGAUGCACCUAACCCAGAAGCAAUUGAGAUGACAUUCCAUAAUCUGAUUCUGUUAGGAUGUAUCACUCAAAUUGAUGAUGGUUACCAGAUAACUGCAGAUGGACGGCUUCUGGUGAAGCUGGGUAUUGAGCCUCGAAUAGGGAAAAUACUCCUUAGUUGCUUCCGCAACCGUUUAGGUAGAGAGGGUCUUGUUCUCGCCGCUGUUAUGACAAAUUCUAGCAGCAUUUUCUGCAGAGUUGGCACUGAAGUCGAAAAACUAAAAUCUGAUUGUAAUAAGGUGCAAUUUUGCCAUCCCUCUGGUGACCUUUUCACAUUUCUAUCUGUAUACAAGGAGUGGGAUGCCUUGCCUCAAGAAAAGAAAAAUAGGUGGUGCUGGGAUAAUAGCAUCAAUGGAAAAACCAUGAGGAGAUGCCAGGAAACUCUUCAAGAAUUGGAAACAUGCCUUCAGAAUGAACUGAGAAUCAUCAUUCCGAGUUACUGGCGCUGGAAUCCCCAAAUGAAUUCUGAACAUGAUGACACUUUGAAAAGGAUAAUCCUUUCAUCACACUCUGAGAAUGUGGCGAUGUACUCUGGUUAUGACCGACUUGGUUAUCAGGUGGCGCUUACUGGGAAGCAUUUUCAACUGCACCCUUCAUGUUCAUUGUUGAAUUUCUGUGAAAGACCGAGUUGGAUUGUGUUUGGUGAGAUUUUGGUAGCUGCUAAAGAAUAUCUGGUUUGUGCUACCGCAUUUGACUUCACCGCUCUAUAUGCACUUUCUCCUCCUCCAUCGUUUGACUUUUUGAAGAUGGAUGCCCAAAAGCUGCAGAAGAAGGUUUUGGCGGGGUCCGGAAGCAUGCUGCUGAAGAGGUUCUGUGGGAAAUCUAAUUGUUGUCUCAACAAUCUCGUCUCGCGAAUCAGAACAUCAUGUAUGGAUGAACGCAUUGGCAUUGAGGUGAGUGUUGAUCACAAUGAGAUUACAUUAUAUGCUUCAUCUGGAGAUAUGGAUGAAGUUUUAAUGACUGUGAAUCAAGUAUUGCAACAUGAGCAAAAAAUGUUGAAAAAUGAAUGUUUGGAGAAAUGCACUCACAUGGGAGGAUCUACAUUUUCAGCUUCUUUUGCUCUUUUUGGAGCUGGUGCAGAAAUAAAGCAUUUGGAGCUGGAUAAGAGAUGUUUGACUGUGGACAUAUAUCAUUCAAAUGUUAAUGCAAUUGAUGAUAAGGAAUUGUUGAUGUUUUUGGAGAGGAACUGUGGUGACAUAGGUGCGGUGCACAAGUUUUCAGGCUCAAGUCAUGACAUUGAGGAGAAGGAACAAUGGGGUAGGGUAACAUUUGUCACCCCUGAAGCUGCUAACAUGGCUACCGCAUUAAAUUUGGUUGAAUUUAGUGACGGGAUGCUAAAAUUAGUUCCUUCCAAGAUAACGCAUGGUGGUGAUCAAAAGUUGUUCUCAUCUCCUUUGCUCAAAGCAAAAAUUUAUUGGCCUCGUAGGAAAAGUAGAGGGACAGUUAUUGUUAAAUGUGACCCCAGGGAUGUCACUUUUAUGGUUGGUGACUUCUCAUCCGAUUUUAUAAUAAGAGGAAGGCAUGUUCAUUGUGAGCGAAGCAAAAAAUGCCCUAACAGCAUAGUUCUUACUGGAGUUGGUAAAGAGGAUUCUGAAGCUGAAAUCUUUGAAGAGUUGAGUGUAUUGACACACAGGAAGAUUUCAGAUGUGUUCCUCAUUAGAGGAGAUGCAGUAGAACAUCCUUCACUAGAUGCUCUUGAGGAAGCUCUUUUGAGAGAACUAUCCUCCUUGAUGCCUAAGAGGGGUCCCCAUGGCAACUCUCUUCGUGUCCAGGUCUUCCAACCUGAACCGAAAGAUACUUACAUGAGAGCAACCAUCACAUUUGAUGGAAAUCUUCAUCUAGAAGCUGCGAAGGCAUUGGAACAAAUUGACGGGAAAGUCUUGCCUGGAUGUCUCUCAUGGCAGAAGAUAAAAUGCCAACAAAUGUUUCGGACUACACUAUCAUGUUAUGCAUCAGUGUACCGUGUCAUUAAGAUGGAGCUGGAUGCUUUACUUGCUAGAUUCAAGAAGCGUAAAGGUAUUUAUGACAUCACAACUGUUUUCUCUUUCUACUGUAGCCACUUUAUAUUUAAUUACUCCGUAUAAUUAUAAAGACAUUUACAUGCUGCUUGACAUAUGGUGCCACUUGGUUAUAGUGCAAUGAUAAUUUUUAGUAAAAAAUGAUACUGAUAGGACAUUCUUUAAAAAAUAAUACUCGCAUUGUCCUAUAGUUGCUGCCUUUUGCACCAAGCGGUCCAAGUGCUCACCAAGCUUAAGAGAGAUCUCCUCAGUACACAUUUACACUAUUACACUUACUUUUUACUUAAAAUCUCUAUUAAUCUUCUUUCCCUUUCCUUCUGUAUUUAAUCGCAUUUGCUGAAAGUCACUUUAGGGUGUUCUCUCUCUCUCUCUCUCUCUCUCUCUCUCUCUCUCUCUCUCUCUCUCUCUCCCAAUGUUGAAAAUGUGCCCCAGCCUCUGUCUCCAUUGCAUCUCCUUCCAAACCAUACUUGUCACGGGGGUAAGUCGAGUCGCGGCGCCAGCCGACCGCCGUAUUGCCUAGCGAUAAGGCGCCCGCCUAGGCGAAUAUUAGGCGACUAGUCACCUAUACAUGAAUAAUAUAUUAUAUAUAUAAUUAUAUAUUUAUAUAUAUAUAUAAUUAUAUACGGAGUAUAUAAUCAUAUAUAUAUAAUUAAACUAUGCAAAAUAUGUAUAUCAUACGUAGUAUAUAUUAGUAUGUACUAGUUUUUAUGAUUAUUUUAAUAGUUUAUUAUUUUAUAAUUUAUAACAUAUACUACCUCCGUCCCGCUAUGAUUGUCCCAUUUUACCUUAUCGGUCCGUCCCACUAAGAUUGUCACAUACCAAAUUUGGUAAAAUUUGUGCGGCUCUAAGUAAUUCUUACUUUAUUCUUACUUUAUCAAUUUAAUAUCAACCACAUAAAACACUUUUUAUUAAUUUGCGUGCCACUCCUUGUCCCAUUGUUAGCGGGACGGAGGUAGUAAUAAAAUAGAAGUCUCACGGGCUGGGAAUACACAUAUAUUGAUAGAUAUAUAUAUAACUACACCCUUUCAAUACACACACACACAACUUAAUUAAUUAAAAUAAGAAAAAAAUGAAGCCAAGAAGAAGAGAUCGGGGACUGGGAACUGGGAAGUCGUCUGCUACCCUGCUUCCGCUAGCAAGGAACUGAAGGAGGGCGAUACCUGCGAGUUCUUCUUCUUCGUGGAGUUGUUCGUCAGCUUCCUGCGAGUUCGUCUUCCGUGAGCGAGGGACUUGGUUUGGCUAUACGACUUUGGGCAACAAAUCGUCGGUAAGGUAGAUUACUAUGGGCUUGCUUUUAAUUAAAGACUAAAUCUAUUUUUAUUUGGGUUCUGGGCCUGCGCCGUCGGUAAACAGCGCCUAGACGACGCCGUUCACGACUACUCUUCAUCUGGCGAGGCGAGUGAAGCUGACGGACAGUCCCUAGCGCCAGGACUAGGCGAUGCCUAGGCGAUGCCGUGACAAGCAUGUUCCAAACAGUUAUCCCAAUCGUGGAUCUGAAAAGGGAGGUUUAUUCGAGGAAGAAGGCAGGUUGAGGGGUGUUCAUUCUGGGAUGCAAAUAGUUUAACCAAUGAAAUUACAAUGCUUGAUUACAGGUGAGUAGACAAUAGAUCUUAAUACUUCAUGAUCAAGAUCUAUUCUCCACUCACAUCUAACCAGGCAUUGUAAUUUCUUUGGUUAAAGGUGCCAUAGGGUCAUGAUGGAUUCUAUAAUCAAAUAAGUUGCUCCUCUUAACCUCACAGAAUUUGGUAAAUUUUGUCUUCUUUUCUUUUCUUUCAUGGUUGUCAAGCUAAAUGAAUCAGGAACUUUGUUGCCAAGAUACUUGAAUGCCUUCAAACUCGUUGGUGUCCAUCAGAAAUAAAACUAGAAGUUGUGUAUUCAUGAAUUGAUUGAACCUUAAAUGUCCUACUCCGUAUAUAGCUUUACUGAAGGAUAUUGGGUAUCCAUUUAGCAUUCCUUCUAUGGUUACUUGAUUAUUGUGUGAAGAUCACUUGGCAUAGGUUUCUUGGAUUUAACACAAUAUAUAGUGGUGGUAGUAAGGACCAUGUGUGUGUAUCUAUUGGCAUCAAAUGAGUGGCUAUGGCAGUUGAAAGCUAACCAUAAUUUUUUCUUCUUUGUUUAGGUGUUGAAUGCAGCCUCGAUCGACAUGAUAGUGGUUCAUACAGAGUUAAGGUAUCUGCGAAUGCUACUAAAGUUGUUGCAGAAGUUAGAAAACCAUUGGAGGAGCUUAUGAAAGGAAAGGUGAUAGAGCAUGCGAGUGUUACCCCCACAGUCCUCCAACAUCUAUUCUCUUGGGAAGGCAUCUGUCUUAUGAAGUCACUUCAACGGGACACUGGGACCUACUUUAUUUUUGACAAGCAUAACCUUAAAGUGAGAGUCUUCGGUUCCCCACACAAGGUUGACAUGGCACAUCAUAAGUUUGUCGAUUCACUCCUCGCGUUACAUGAAAGCAAACAGCUCAUUGUUCAUCUUCGUGGAGAAUCCUUGCCUUCUGAUUUAAUGAAGCGAGUGGUCCAGAAGUGUGGGCCCAAUCUUAACGGUCUCAAAGAGAUGUUCCCCGACGGAAAUUUCUCUCUCAACAGUAGACACCACUGCAUUUACGUAAAAGGCACUGCCAAAGAUCUGAAGCAAAGAGUUGAAGAUGCUAUAUAUGAGAUUGCUCAGGAGAGCGGUGUACAUAUUCAAAGGAACGAUGACGGAACGAGCUGCCCAAUCUGCUUGUGUGAGGUAGACGACAGUUACAAGCUUGAAUCCUGUCUCCAUGUCUUCUGUCGUUUGUGUUUGGUUGAGCAGUGUGAGUCUGCAAUCAGAAGCAGAGAUGGUUUCCCGUUGAGAUGUCUGCAUAAGGGUUGUGGGUCCUCUAUCAUCCUCUCGGAUCUCAAGUCUCUGUUGACGGUUGAGAAGUUGGAAGAUCUUUUCCGUGCAUCUUUGGGUGCAUACGUGGCAGCAAACCCAUGUUACCGGUUUUGCCCGUCUCCGGACUGUCCUUCCGUGUACCGUGUAGGAACAGAUUCAGCAUUCGUAUGUGGGGCAUGUUAUGCAGAGACUUGCACCAGAUGCCACCUCGAGUAUCAUCCCUACCUCUCGUGCGAGAAGUAUAGGGACUUUAAAGACGACCCUGACUUAUCGUUGAAGGAGUGGUCGGAGGGGAAAGAGAAUGUAAAGCAGUGUCCGGCUUGCCUGUGUACGAUCGAGAAGGUGGAAGGGUGCAACCACAUUGAGUGCCGGUGUGGGAAACAUGUUUGUUGGGUUUGCUUGGAGGGUUUUGAAACCAGUGAUGACUGCUAUAGCCAUUUGAGGGUUGUUCAUUUGGCCAUUGGAUAAGUAAAACACUUGAAUGGGCUAUAUUAACAACCACUGUUUAUAUAAAUACAUAUCUGCUUCUCUUGUGUAUAUAAAUAUGUUUCUAAUAUAAUUAUCCUUACGGCAUUAUUAGGCGUAUGUCGUG